CUCGUAUCAAGUCGUCGUCACAUUGUUUCUUCAUUCCCAUUCCAUCUCGUCCCGGCUGCUCUUCGGCGAACAGCGUUGAUGCGAGAUAAGAAAGAUGGCGACGCACUUGCCGCCCGGCGCGUCGAGAUUCAUGGUGUUAUCGCGCCAACGAGGCAUGAAAACUUGAAAGAGAUCAUCAUACGAUCAUGAUUGCUCAGCCGUCAUAAUUCAAGUCUUGCGAAAGACUUGAUGAAUCUGGAGCGGGAAAGGAAAAGGCCUCAACAGACCCAGGGAGAGCAGCAGCGUUGGGUCCAAGAUCUGCCAGAUUAUCCGCUGACUGUAUUGCGUCUACUGAUGGCGUUGGCCUGGUAGACGCAACGAUAACGAUCAUGAUGAUGCAACGACCAAGAAAUACUUGAAUCGAGAGUCUCCUAGUUUCUGUCCAAUCGAUCGCACAUGCUUUACGAGAUUCGUCGAGGCCAUCGAGGGUGGUGAGAUGGUGGGAAAAAAAGGAUGAUGCCAGGAAACAAAUGCUAUGAGUAACCUUGCCUUUCGCUGACGCAGCGCUUGGACUUUCCCACUUACUGGUUACACUUGGGGGCGCCCACCAGGCUCAUCUUUGCCUAGAGACACUGCUCUUGUUUUAAGCCCAUGGCUUGCACCUUGCAGGUCACAAAGGCGCUUAUCCAUGAGGCGACGAUGGUCAAACUUCGCCCAGGCUAAAUACAAUACUCAAAGCGAGCCGAGACCUUCACCAAUCCGCCUCAUCAGCAAGCAGCCAGCCAGCCAGCGUAUUGCGGGUACAGAGCCAAAAAUCGCAACCUGCGGCUUCAGCGAUAGGCGUGAAUAGGCAUCAAGACUUCGCGCCCGAACACCGGAAACAAGGACCCAGCGAGCCGCCGGUUACGGGUGACAUGUUCUCUUCCAUCCUCUCCACCCUCUCUUGCUGGUUCCAGAACCACCGGUGUCGAGACACAUGGUCAAAAAACCACAAUUCUUGACUCAAACGGAUCGACACGCUGGAGAAGGCCCACGAUUGAUUUGAUUGAUCUGGUUUGCCUGAGAUACAGUACGUACAGCGUACAAUCUUUCUUCAACGGCCACUAUUCCUGGCCUGGCCAUCUUUUUCUAUCACUCGUCUUCUUCUCUUUCUCUGCGCUCGUUAUUCUCGUUCAUACUGGAGACAGUCGCUCGCAGAAGUUUGCGCCAGCCAGUCCCGUAAUCUUACAGUACAGCUUGUAAUGUAACAUGGCCAGUCAGAGGUGCAUUCUCUCGCAUCGCAAACGACUCAAUUCGACAGCACAGGUGAGUGAUGUCGCGCCAGGACUGAUCGCACCGAAUCCCUCUGGAACAAGCCGAGAAAGAUACGGGCGACCACGGCCUUUGACGAACCCCGGGUCUGCACAGAAUGGCGCCCGAAGACAAGGCUCAGGAAUGACCAGGCGACCAUGGCCCAGUCCUUUUACGGGGUGAAGAUCGGGGGAACGUGCAGACAAUGUGAUGGCGCAGGUGCACUACCCGAUAUAUCCCCUAAGAAGCUGGCUGUGUGAGGAGGGACGAACCAAAUUAUGCGUUCCCCCGCCGUCCCGCCCCUCCUCCCCGUACAUUACGGCCCCUCGUUACGGGUAAAGAGAACAGUCUGAAGAGAUGCAGUGCCCUCGACGUUGCAUACAAGAGCUAUCUACACCGUACAUUUCAUGUUGAUUUGAGGAUCCGGAGUGCUCGAACUGUACAGCUUGCGCCCCGCAUGGGUUGACAAAUCCCAUUCUAUUGACUUUGGCUUCGGCUGUGUUCUUCUGCCCGUGUAUAAUACGAGCAUGACCCCCGGAACCAUUUGAAUGCCGCCUCUACGAUUUAUUGCCUUGUCUAUUUGCCGUCCCCAGAUCGAUCAUCCCCGCUUUUCGCCAUUUUGCUGUGAUCGCGCGGCUGACAGGCUAACAUAAAAGUACCUGCGGAAUUACUCGUAUACCUAUUGUGUAGAUAUACUGCUUAGAGGAAAGGAAUUGGCAUUCAUCACCACCUCAGCCAGACGACAGACACAAUCCUCAAGAUUCUAGCUCAGGCUCAGUCCUCGAAAGAACGACGAGCUUCCCCCCUCUCCAACACACAACCAUGGCUUCCAACGGUAAUGGCGUCAAUGGAAAUUCCCCUUCAGUCUUCGACUCUUCCUCCACGAUACCUCUGUGGCUCGACGGCAAAGAAGUGAGCCUCUCGUCAACCUUUGACGUGAUCUCCCCGCUGGACCAAAAGACGUUGUACAAAGCCUCUGCGGCGAACGAACAAGAUGCGCUCAAGGCCAUCGCCUCGGCGGAAAAGGCGUUCAAGUCAUGGUCCAAGACGAAACCGUCGUUUCGACGGGACAUCUUCAUCCGCGCAGCCGAGGGCUUCAAAAAGAGACGGGACGAACAGAAACAUUACUCAUACACCGAGACCGGGGCCGCCGAGUCCAUGUUCGCAUUCGAACACAACCUCGCGUACGAAGCGUGCCUGAGCGUCGCGGGACUCAUUCAGACCGCGAGCAUAUCGACCAUGCCCGUCGCCGGCGAAGAAGGCUUCAACGCCAUGGUGCUCAAAGAACCAUACGGUGUGGUCCUGGGUAUCGCACCGUGGAACGCCCCCAACGUAUUGGGUCUACGGGCCUUUUUGCAACCUCUCGCCAUGUACGUCUAGACACCAUGUCGCUCCUCCUUGUUAUCUUUUCCUACCUCCAGUUGGUUUUUUUUAAUCUUUGCGUUUGUGGAAUUUGGGCUCGCUCUGACGGAGAACCAAAAAUUGUAAAAAAUAAACAGGGGCAACACCGUCAUCCUCAAAGGUCCCGAGUCGGCGCCUGCGACGUACUGGGCACUGUCGUCCAUCCUCCACGAGGCAGGUCUCCCCGCGGGAUGUCUCAACACGCUGUACCACCGACCGGCCGACGCUGCCGGCGUGACCUCGACGCUCAUCUCGCACCCAUCCGUGAGGAAGAUCAACUUCACCGGGUCGACGGCGGUGGGGUCCAUCAUCGCCUCGCAGGCCGGCAGGUUUUUGAAGCCGUGCGUGAUGGAACUGGGCGGCAAGGCGCCCGCGAUCGUCUGCGAGGACGCCGACAUCCCCACGGCGGCCCUGCAGUGCGCGCUGGGCGCCUUCCUGCACGCGGGCCAGAUCUGCAUGGCCACCGAGCGCAUCCUGGUGAACGCCAAGGUCGCCGACGCGUUCCGCUCCGCGCUGCGCCAGACCCUGGACCAGGUGUUUGGUCCCGAGGCGCAGGGCGGGAUGGGGGUGCCCCAGCUCGUGACCCAACUCCCCGUGGCGAAGAACAAGGCCCUGUUGGCCGACGCCGUCGCCAAGGGGGCGACGGCGUUGUACGGCGACCCGAACCACGACGAGGCCAGCCCGACCCGCAUGAGGCCCGUGGUCGUCGAGAACGUCAAGCCCGGGAUGGACAUUUACCACACCGAGUCCUUUGGCCCGACGGUCUCGCUGUACGUGGUCCAGUCGGACGACGAGGCCGUCGCCAUGGCCAACGACACCGACUACGGCCUGUCGAGCUCCGUCUACACCGAGGACCUCCGCCGGGGCCUGCGCGUCGCCCGCCAGAUCGAGUCCGGGGCCGUCCACAUCAACACCAUGACCGUCCACGACGAGGCCGCCCUGCCCCACGGCGGCGUCAAGAAGUCCGGCUUCGGCCGGUUCAACGGCGUCCCCGGACUCGAGGAGUGGGUGAGGACAAAGGUCAUCACCUGGAAGGAUUGAUCUUGAUGUACCCGUCGUGACCGAAAAGAAAAAACCAACCAUUGUCAAAAGGGAAGGAAAAGCGCGGGGGUCAAGUGUGAUCACAACGUCACUCAAACUCCCUCACAGAGUACACCAACCAACAGGAUCGAGGUCUUUGAUCUUAUAAAAGAUCAAGUACAAGAUCAAUCGCAAGCAGCGAAACAGCGGCCCCUUUUUUCUAACGAAAGGGAAAAAUAGCUUCAAAAAAAGGGAAAAAUGAUACGCUUCAUUACGUCUACUCGGUCGUGUUGGGUAAACAUCGCUUUCCUAAUAAUGUGUAAUUAUAAUACGAGUACAAGAGUCCUCCAUACGUAACCUUGUUACCUAGUACUAACUUGGGCAAACCAUUCUUGGGCCCAUUCAACCUCGGGUCCUUUCGAGUCGCCAACCUGUCAAGUUUACACAUUUUUUGACCAUCCCCAAAGUCAUCGAUGCAGUUGAUGUAGAUCAAUAUCAUCAAUGACUUCCAGGUCGUUUAAAGGGGUGAGCCUCGGUAUUCAAAACAUAGUCAUCCAAACUGACCAAUUCCGGC